CAUUCUAGAACUAACAUGUAAGCAUUGAAAUGGGCAAUGAUAUUUCUAAAGUUCAAAUACCAUCAAAACUAAAUUUGGUAGAAAAAGCUCAGUUGGAAUAUGAUUUUUUGCGAUUAGUUGACAAGCAUCCUGUGCUAUACUGUGAAAAUGUGUUACGUAAUGCAGUUUAUCGAUAUGAAAAUUAUUGGCUGCCACUUGUUGUCAAAUACAACGAGUUGUUGCCUGCUCCAUUAGACAUAGAAUGGGUUUGGCAUUGUCAUAUAUUAAAUCCUAUUGCAUACCAAUGUGAUUGUUUAAAACUGUUUGGUAAAAUUAUUGACCAUGCUCCUAUGUCUUUCACUAUUGAUAAAAUUUCAACAUCAAAAAGAUAUUGGACACAGACCUAUAAAGACAUUCCGUUUGAAAUUGAUCUUACUAAUUCAAAUCCAAUACUUAUUUCAACAAAAUCUUUUAAGUGCUCCUAUGAUAUUGUUGCAGCUUCAAUGCGCCAAAGAGUUUUUAAUUAUAACUCUUCACUACCACAUUUUAGAGACCCAAAAUUUUUGCAGAACGCCGUUAAACGUUAUAAAAUAAUGAUUACAAUUAAAAAAGAAAAUUCAAAUACAUUUAUAGUUCCUUGUUAUGAUAACGAUUUAAUAUGGCAUUCACAUAUGCAGCAUGUUUUAUUAUAUCAGUCUGAUAUGAUGCACAUGCUUGGUAGUAUUCUUGACCACGAUGACUCAACAUCUGACAGAAGCCCAAAUUCAGAACUGAGUACCAGUAGUGCUGCAACUAAAAAGUUAUGGAAGAAAUAUAAUCAAAAGUUUGGUGUAUCUGGUGCUAUGUAUAGAGGAGAACCACCUUUACCUGAGUUUACAGUAAUAAAUCAAGGACACUAUUUGAAUUUAGCUAAUAAAAUUUGUCAGUGUUCCCCAUUGUCAAUAUACAUUGGUAGAUUCCCAGUUGCUGAUAAUGCCACAGUUAAAUUUCAUAUUGGAAUGGUUUCUCUUCAAGGAGAUUCAGUGAUUUUGUUCUCAAAAACAAUAAGUCUUGUUAAUGGAGAAUUAAGUUAUAACUUUUUAGAAGGCGAGGCUCAUUUUCAAUACAGCACUGAGCAAAGUAGAUCGUUAGAGAUAUAUUGUGAAUAUCCUGCUAUUCUCAGAAAAUAUACAUCUCGUGUAAUGUUUCCACCAUUAAUUGUUCCUGAAGAUCCGAAUUUACGUUCAAUAACAAUUCCGUUACAGUGCAGUCUUACAACAGAGAUGAUUAAUUGCAUUUUAACAAUGCGUUAUUCUGAAACAUUAUCAAACUACUCAUUUGAGGCAUCUUCAGUUAAUCGAUUAUUUAUUGAUUCACCUCAUCUCAAAAAUGUUGUGCACAACUUGCAGUUGAUAUCUCCUGGGUCUGAAUACAAAAAUGAAGCUAAAUGUCAAUAUAAUGACAACAUUUUGCAUACAACAUAUGGGCUAUCAGCUUUUAAAAUUAGAGUAGUUCAUUCACGCGAUCCUAUAUUAUCUGUAGUUGAAGUUAUUGAUCUAUCUGAAAAUGUACUUGCUACUUCUCACACAGUAGGAAAGUUUUCUUUACCAAGUGAAAAACAGGUUGCAAAAUCUCAGAAUGUUUUUACACAUGAGCAAUCUUUCGAAAGAUCUAUGUUGAUCAGAGGAUCAAAAAAAGAUUGGGGAUUAUUAAAAUCACGAUGGAAAGGAUUUACUAAGGCAAAAAAAAAUCGUAGAGGUCAGCGUGGAGAAAUGGAACUAAAGUUGUUUACAUUAAAUGGAAAAAACUCUAGGUACGAAAUUGUGAAUAAGGUGAAUGAUGUUAAAUUUGAGUGGGCUACAGAACAAGGACGUGGAAGUGUAGACUUACUUAGUGGUUAUAUUCGAUUUUCUGGAAGUGUUUCGGAUGUUCCUGAGUUUCUGUGUGUUGCAUAUUCGAUUGCUAUUUUGUUUGUUCUUUGUCAGCCACGCCCUCCACCACCUAAAACAGGUGGUGUUUAUUUACCACCAAGUCAACCCGGGCGUUUAAAUUUAGAUGCAAUGCCUUUGCUCGUUAUUGGUGGCUUGUAUGCUACUACUCUCCCAAAAUGGUAUCAUGUUGGGACACUGGGAGGCUAUUUCAUUCAAGUUCCUAAAGUUUUUAAACGUAAGAAUGAUGACAAUGAUUAUGAUGGAGGCGACUGUGGUGACAGUGGUGACAAUGAUUAUGAUGGUGGUGCAGAUAACUGUGAAAACGAAAUUGAUUGUGAAAAAAUUGGUUUUGAUAGUUGUGACACUUAUUGGAUAGAAAACAAUAGCGGUUGUGGAAGUGGAGGAGGAUGCGGCAGUAGUUGUGGAGGUGCAGGUGGUGGUGAUAAUAUUUGUGAAAAUAACAGUGGGGGUGGUUGCGGAAGUAGCUGUGGAGGCGGAGGAGGAUGUGGUAGUAAUUCUGGAGGUGGUGGAGGAUGUGGUAGUAGCUGCGGAAGUGGUGGUGGUGAAUAAUUUAUUUUUCAAAUAUGGCUUCACUUUAUUUAUAUUUUCACUAUUAGAAUUUUAGGAAACAAGUUUGAAUUAAAUUAAUACGAGAAACUUAUUUGGAAA